AUACUGUACUGUCUUUGAUACAUAGCUAACAUGAGUUAUCAUAAAGGUCGUGCUGUAUUAGCUAGCUAGUCUUUUAGCAAUAUGUUCCUCAAACGGUUUAAGUGGUAAAUUGGUUAUUAAUGUGAGGUUGACACUUGAUAUGAGACGCAUUUCACUAUCAAAGGCAGGCAAAGUUACUGUAUUUUCGAAGUUGACACUGACUGUCAAGGUAGGUUAGUUGGCUGGUUAGCUAGCUAGCUAGCAGUUCUAGCCAAGUAAAGUCGACUAGCUAGCUAGUAUCUAGCUACUUGACUUUAAACCAUAUUGUGGUGUUUUAGUAUCAGCCUGUAUGUGGAAUGUCUUGUAAAGUGUUAAACUUUGUGGUUUGUGUAGGUUAGCCACUAGCUAGAAGUUUUAUUGAUGUGACUCACUAAUAUAAUACUGUUCCUGUAACGUUACUGUCCACUGCCUGGGAUGAGUUCGAUCCCUGACUGUCCAUACUGAGUUUAUUUAUCAUCAGGGAUAUUGGUUUCAUGGGCUGUCAUGAGGCUAAUGAAUUAUUUAGGACCGUAUAGUGUUUCUUCAGCAACACACCUAUAACCAUAAGAUAAUAUUUAUAAUGACAACUAACAUGGCCAGAUAUCAUUGUUUCACCAGCCACUGUGAUGUCUUUCUCCCAUAGGUGUAGGAGACACUUCAUCUAUACCCUGAUGCAUGGGUUGUGAUGGUGAGGCUGCUUCAUUCUCUAUCCUCUGGUCAGUCCUCUUCCCUGGUCAUCUGUGUUGCUGGUGCCCUGUGUUCCACACCAUGGUACGCCACAGUAAGCUGCAGAAACAGGUGUUGUCUCUGUACCGCCAGUUCCUGCGUGCUGGCCAGGACAAGCCAGGCUUUCUACCCAGGAUCCGGGAUGAGUUCCGAGAGAACUCCCACAUCAAGAAGACUGAUGUCAUGCACAUAGAAUAUCUUUACCGGCGCGGACAGAGACAGCUAGACCAGCUGAAAGAUGUGAACACAAAGCAACUAGGAACUUUCUCCAAACCUAAAGCAGAGAGAUGACCUAAACCAUUUCCUUCUCUACAGCCUCUGUUGUAGCUAACUCUAGCUGGAUACAUCAUCAUCCGUUAUGUAAUUACAGUCGUUCACUAGUCAGAUUACUACUCCUUUCAAUCUGCAGCUGAGUGAGCGCAGUCAUUGUCCUAAGCAAUGGCCAUGGAUCUGAACUGUAUGACAGCACUAUUGUCCUCUGUCAGAGAGGUGGACACCACUGAUGAUGAGGAUGAACAUUUUUAAAACAGUCUCUGGCCAGUGAGUUUGUUGGGUUGAGCAGACCAGUUGCUCUGGUCAUUGUUGUAAAAUACUUACUUUCAUCUAGCUACAUUAACCUGUUGAGUGUUUUGGAUUAAAGACGAUAUCAUCAG